AUGGUCGUGGCCCUGAAGGGGGUCCCUCAGGCAGUGUCUCUGGUACGGGCUAAGAUGGUCCUGCAAGAGAGGAGGUCCAGCAUCUACAGCAAGCCGCCCAAGACCAAGAUUGGACCUGGGGUGAGUGUUGCACUGAGGGACUCUCUGCUUAUAGAGUAGAUCGUACUCUCUAAUUUGGAACUCACUCAAUGUCCCAAGGAACUGUCGCUUCUAUAUUCAUUCAGGGACAGUUUCCAGGGGCCUAGAUUAAGCAUAGUCCUGAAUUUAAAAGAAGUUCCAAUGGAUUUAGAUGUUUCAUUGUGCAUGGUUUUUAGUCCUAGGCUUAAACUAGCCCAUUGUGUUUGAUGUUUCUUUACCAUCAUAUUUCAAAGUUAAAACUCAAACUUAAUGAUAAUAAUGUAUGCACUUAAGGGGCAUUUCCCAGACACAGAUUAAGCCUAGUCUGGCACUAAAACAAAUGUUCUAUGGAGAUUCUCCAUUGAGUUUGCUUUUUAGCCCAGGACUAGGCUUAAUCUGUGUCCAAGAAACCACCCUUUAAUGUAUUAACAACAUUACAAUAACAGUCAUAGUACCCUGUAUUGUCAUCCUUCAUAUCUCCGGUGAACUCAUGCAUUUAAUAGUGUCAUCAACAAAAAGGAAUACUAGAAUUUUGCAAAAACUGAAAUAACUCAAACAUCAGGUAACGCUUGAGUUGAUGAUUGGUCUUUUAAGGGUUUGUGCUCCCCAAGUUCCAGUUUACUUUUACCAGACGGACAGACUAGUAUUUUAUUUGUCCUGCCACAAACAUUCCAUGUCUUUUAAUUUAAAGAGAGAGAGAGAUCGCAGCAAGCUCGUCUUUGUAUUGUGUUGUUGUUUCACCAGGAUAAUCACGCAGUAGAUUUUGAUAAGGACACAGGGUAAAUGUUUAUUUUGCUGUGUCCUGCCAUGGCUCUUCGGCUAUGUAUGCAUUUUUGUGUGCUCUCAAACACAGCACAGAGACAUUUUUCAACUAUAGAAAGACUGAUGUAUUUCACACGUAGAACUGCCACGUGGAUAUCCCGUAAAAUGUUAACCAAGUUCAACUUGACAGAAGCCUUGGUGAGGAAGGAUGUGAUCCAUGUCUAUUGAUUGACACACCUCGCCAUGCUUCUACUAGCCUAUAUUUUACAGUCUAUUUGGAACACAUGACAGACGUAAACAAUUUAGACAAUUCAGACAUCAAAGAUUUAAUUCAGACGUAGAGGUUGAGACUGACUUUGAUGGACAGACAGGGAUGCGCCAGAAAGGUCUGAGCCGGAGCUAUAAAAUAAGCUUUCCUCCUGGCUGGAAGUAUAUAAAGGGUUUCUAAUGUAUAAUGUAUGGACACAAUGAACGCCUCAGCUCCAUGAGGGAGCUGCCUGGGAUAGAAUCAAAUCGAUCGCCCGGGGCAGGGGGCUCGGAUGUGGAUCAAUGCGGCCUGCCUAGACACUUCCUCGGAAAGUGUGUAGUCUUUGAGCCGCUUAGCUGUAGUGCAGGGAUGGGUAACUGGUGGCCCACCGGACGCGCUCCCUUUUGAAGACCCUUGGAUGAAUAAAAUAAAUAAAUGUAUAAAUAUAUAUUAAUAUACAGUACCAGUCAAAAGUUUGGACACACCUACUCAUUCAAGGGUUUUUCUUUAUUUUCACUAUUUUCUACAUUGUAGAAUAAUAGUGAAGACAUAAAAUCUAUGAAAUAACACAUAUGGAAUCAUGUAGUAACCAAAAAAGUGUUAAACAAAUCAAAGUAUAUUUUAUAUUUGAGAUUCUUCGAAGUUGCCACCCUUUGCCUUGACGACAGCUUUGCACACUCUUGGCAUUCUCUCAAGUAGCUCCAUGAGGUAGUCACCUGGAAUGCAUUUCAAUUAACAGGUGUGCCUUCUUAAAAGUUAAUUUGUGGAAUGUCUUUCCUUCAGUUGUGUUGUGACAAGGUAGGGGUGGUAUACAAAAUAUAGCCCUAUUUGGUACAAGACCAAGUCUAUAUUAUGGCAAGAACAGCUCAAAUAAGCAAAGAGAAACGACAGUCCAUCAUUACUUUAAGACAUGAAGGUCAGUCAAUACGGAACAUUUCAAGAACUUAAGGUUUCUUCAAGUGCAGUUGCAAAAACCAUCAAGCGCUAUGAUGAAACUGGCUCUCAUAAGGACCACCACAGGAAAGGAAGAACCAGUGUUACCUCUGCUGCAGAGGAUAAGUUCAUUAGAGUUACCAGCCUCAGAAAUUGCAGCCCAAAUAAAUGCUUCACAGAGUUCAAGUAACAGACACAUCUCAACAUCAACUGUUCAGAGGAGACUGCGUGAAUCAGGCCUUCAUGGUUGAAUUGCUGCAAAGAAACCACUACUAAAGGACACCAAUAAUAAGAAGAGAUUUGCUUGGACCAAGAAACACGAGCAAUGUACAUUAGACCAGUGGAAAUCUGUUCUUUGGACUGAUGAGUCCAAAUUUUAGAUUUUUGGUUCCAACCGCCGUGUCUUUGUGAGACGCAGAGUAGGUGAACGGAUUAUCUCCGCAUGUGUGGUUCCCACCAUGAAGCAUGGAGGAGGAGGUGUGAUGAUGUGGGGGUGCUUUACUGGUGACACUGUCGUGAUUUAUUUAGAAUUCAAGGCACACUUAACCAGCAUGGCUACCACAGCAUUCUGCAGCGAUAUGCCAUCCCAUCUGGUUUGCGCUUAUUGGGACUAUCAUUUGCAGUCAUAAAUAGGUUCUUCACAUUGAAAUGAGCCGGUCUGAAAUUAGUUGAAGGCAUACUUUUCUGGGAUUUGUAUCAGGGACAUAGUAAAGUUAAUUGCACAACAAGCCUUCAUGCAUUUGUAACACUACCACUGAAGAGAAAGAAAGGCUCAAACACAAGUUCCUUUGAUACUUGUGGGUGGAGUAGUUCAAGUGACACUUGUAUACUCAAUGGAGUGAAUAAAUUAUAUACCACCAAGCUUUCCUUUAUAUUGCUAAUUGAAGCCAUACAAAAUACAAAUACAGCAAACUCGAUUGGAGAUUUGGACAUUAAACAGAAGACAUGUCAGCUCUAAAUAUUAGAUGGCAGUAACAUUCUCAUUUAUAUUUUAGUAAUACUUAAAUCCUGCAGCUAAAAUGCUUUACUACUUAUUUGAACACCUUCAUAAUGUCCUUAUUUAAUGUUUUAUUAUAAUGUCCUAUUAUAAGGCUUAUAAUAUUAUGUUAUGUUUCUCUUUGUGAAAUGUUCAAAGGACUCAAAAUAACUGGUAUUUAGUGAGGAUCACAAUGAGAUGACAGUGGGUCAUACAUGCUCAUGACAAGUCUUACAAUGCCUUAUAACCACAUCAUAAUGCCUUAUACCUGCAGACUUUAGAUGAAGUGUUACCAAUAUUUAAACUGCAGAUUAACUUUAGUCUUUUAACAGAAACGUAAUUGGCUUCGAGGGUUUAGUACAGUAGUGGGUCAACCUCUGCAUAUGUAUGGCUGGUACUGUGUCUCUUAUUUUCUGUCUCUUCUCCUCUACUCUCCUCUCCCUUCCUCCCUCACAGCAAAGCUUCUUUAUCAUGUCCGUCUUUGCUGUCGGCAUGCUUGCUCCGGCCGGCUGGAUCAUGCACCACCUCCCAGAGUACCGCCAAAGACCACAUCCUUCAUCAAGACCGUUGUAA